UUGCGACAGUGGUCUGGCGAGCUAAAGGAUCCAAUCACAACGAUAGCCGACAGUCAUCCAUCACCAUGUGGAUCCAGCUAGCGAUUUUGGCGACGUUUGUGUCUAUAGUUAUCACUGAAAUGGGUCCUCCAGGUAUCGAAAGAUCGUUCAGCGAUGGAGUCACAAGCAGAGGGUACAGAGUGGUCUACGGGGAUGAAGACUUGACAGUGAUCAAUGAGGUGGUGGGGAAUAUGGAGAAAAAUGAUAUCUUGAAGGCUAAAGCGAGUUUGAAUGAAGCGAUCCAACCCUUGCCGGCUGGGGACGUGAAGUGCCUGAUGUCUGCAGAUCGGUACUGCUCGGUGGAGAUGCGGAAAGUCAAGGCCGUUCUCAUUCAGGCACUCAAAAACGACUGCGAAAAAUGUUCAAAUACAGAAAAGGACACUGCAGGUCGAGUAGCUGCUUCCAUGAUGACCUACGAUCCCGUCGGCUGGAAGCUCUUCUUAACUAGGUCUGCGCUAGAACUUAGAACAGAAAAGAAAUCCCCUAAACCAGAUCAAACCAGAUUGAAGCCUAUAGGGGAGCCAGAGAUAGUAAGUUCCAAGUACAGAUAUACUAUGCCAGGCGUUAAAGUUAGGGUGAAAAGAUACUAUGCGGAGAAAUUACCGUAGUCUCAUGCCAUGGAAGAAGUUGUAAAACCUAUUGUGUAAUUUAUUUAUUUUAUAUCAGACCCACCUACAUAUUAGGAAAAUAAAGCAUUAAUCUUGA